AUGAUCAAGGGUUGUGUUAUUGGUCCACGUAAGAUAGUCUUGACCCUCAGAAAGUCACUCCAUGCCGCCACCUCACGUCCAGCUCUCGAGAAGGUUGUUUUGAAAUUUAUUGACACAUCAUCCAAGUUCAGUAGAUUCCAAACUUCCGAUGAGAAAUCAAAGGUUAUGGGUCCAAUGAAGAAGCAAAAGACCGCCGCCAAGAAGAACUAA